AUGUCGUGCCUCCUCGCCAUCCUGCUAUAUACGGGCCUGGGUUCACCGGUGGAAGAUCGUCUGGUACUUGCGUAUGAAGCACACGGACAUAAUUUAUAUGGGAGCUUUAAUGUUAAUCGCAGACAAAUGUUUCCUCAACCUUCAAAAUCUGCUCGCAUAUUCAAAACACCAACUAGAGUGGAAGAACCAGGAACCUAUAUUUCCGCUUACUGCACACUCGAAGCCGAGCCGUCUUCCAUGUAUUCCUACAUGACAAAACUGGCGUCAGGUGCUAUUCCAGGUUAUCACACUCAGUCCAUAGACCUUCCCGACGCGCAAGAAUGCUUAUCUUAUCUCCACUCGCAGUACCGGACAAUGAAGGACUCAUUGGAAGGAGUGGUAAUAAACAGGAAAGACGAUCGAGAUUUCUACUGUUCGGAGAAGAAAAUAGUCGGUCUUGCCCUUGAUGGUCAAAUUAGGCUAACCGGUACCGAUGAUUUAAAAACUACAAUACGUUCCACUGAUUACCCCCUUGUUAGGCUUCCGCCUCGACUUCAGAUGAAUAAAUUUACUACACAUGGCAAAUUUAUUAGAGUUGCCAAAAUACGUGAGGAGACGUACGCAUUAGCAUGGCUUGAUGAACAUCUGCGCCUAUUUAAGUACCAGCCACACGAAGAUGUAUGGGUAAUUAUUGGUAGUAAUACAUACGAGAUAUCUACCGGUACAACUAUGGUCGGCUUUCUCAGGCAAGCUUAUUCGCAAAUAGAUGGAAUCAUGACAGAUAUGGACAUUUUAGCAAAAUCCUAUAAUAGACUGCUGAGUGAAUCAAAUGGGAAUGACGCGCGGGGUUACAGGAGAUCUAUCGCCGAGCUGAAUAAAGAGAGACAUAAUAUCAUGGUUGCGAUUGAAAGGCCAGUUGUGAUAGCUGCAACGGGCUAUCUCGGUGGAGUUAUUUCCACUUGA